CAACAGUGACACAACCAACUAUUCUACCUCCAUGCUAUUCGUGUCUUCACUCCAACGGCACAGGCAGCCACUGACGCGUGGUGCUCCUCCGUUGUUGCCACGAGGUGCUGUCUUGGCUCGGCUUUAGCUGCCUACCUCCGCCAACAAAAAGAUACCAGCGCAGCUCCAAGUGUCCUCCACAACCCACAAUUGCGCUCCACAUCCACCUACACCGCGCCUUCGGCACCUCAAGCUCCCCACCCGAGCACGCGCAACGCGCCCAGAUUCCACGCCCACCCCAGCGCACCCCGCGAAAGCACAGCUCACGCACCGCGCGCCACGCACCGCGCACCACCCAGCAAUGUCCAACCGCUUCGGCCGCGACGCGGCCCGCGACGACCUGUUCAGCAGCUACAACCGCUCAGCGUCGCCCUCGAAGUCCAAGAGCAAAGCGCGCGCAUCGCCCUACAACAGCGCCGGCUACGGGCUGCCCGCGACCCCCGACAGCGGCUUCUCGGCGUACCCCGGCGCGCCUGCAAACGGGAGUCUGUACGGCGGGUACGGCGCGGGGGGCUCGGGCGCACACGACGGGGGGUACCGCGCGACGCCGCCGGGCGGGCGGGGGCCGUAUGCGAGUGCCACGCUGGACGAGCUGGAGAGCCAGAACGAGGAGCAUACGGGUGUGUUGAUUGGGAAGGUGAAGAUGCUGAAAGAUUUGACGCACCUCAUCGGCGACGAAAUCCGCGAUUCUACCUCCCUGGCGGAGAAAAUGAAUGACCAGUUCGAGAACAGCCGGAACAAGAUUAGGGGCACGAUGAACCGGAUGCUGAGCAUGGCGAAGAAGACGGGGGUCGGGUGGAAGGCGUGGGUGGCGUUCUUCGUGGCGCUGAUUCUGUUGUUUUGGUUGGUGAAGCGGUAGUGAGAUGGGCUAAUGGGCAUGGUGGCAUCUGGACAUGGAAAUAUGGGUAGGGGAGAUGGGUCUGAUGGGAGAUGGGAUGAUGUCUUCACAACGCUCUGUUGUAUUGCAAGCAUUUGGCGCGGCGUUUGGGCUUUUGAGGGCUGACUGGGUGGUGGGUAAUGUAGUAGGUUGUGCAUGUAUACUACGGGAUAAAUACGUAUCUCAGAGAGGAGAGAUGCCUGCGGUAUACAUCACAUGCACUCGUACUCACGUGUUGUCUCCGUCAAUCCACCGAGCUAGUCGUAAUUGUGUAUCGGCAAUGCCUCUGGGCCGUGCUGGAGAGCAUGGUCGUCGGUGUUGAACAAUUGGAGAGCAGAGGUCAGGACGUAUUCUAUGGCAUGGCUGUAAAUAGACAGGAAUUUGUUCAGAUUCAUAUGGAUACUUCACAGGUAGCUGUCUACCUGCCUGGCCUGUUGA